AGAGAUAAUUUAUUAGCUUUUCUAGGUAGAAGAAGGAAGAAAGAGAAAAGGCAAAAGCUCAUGGAGAAUGAAUGUGAUAUAUCUCUAGAUGUUCUAGCAUCAAACUAACUUCCUAAGAAAAUAAAAAUAUCCUCCACCCUUCCUCUUCCAUCUCUCUCUUUCUUCUCCAAUUUUCCUUUUUUCAAUUUGUUUUAGCUCCAACAGGCUCAAAUUGAAGCAUUUUGAUGGUGGAAUUGUGAGAGAAGAAGGCGGAAAUAUAUAGUACGUUGCAGGGAUUUCUUACGACAUGGCUGUUGAAGGAGGAGCAUUGUCAUUUUCUGUGGCGUCGGUCGUGGAGGAUGUGCUGCAACAGCAUGGCAAUAGGCUCAGAGAUCUUGAUUUGGACUCUAGAAAAGCUGAAGAAGCGGCAUCAAGAAGGUAUGAAGCUGCGGGGUGGUUGAGAAAGAUGGUAGGAGUGGUGGCAGGUAAGGAUUUGCCAGCAGAGCCAUCUGAAGAAGAGUUUAGGCUUGGAUUGAGAAGUGGAAUCAUUCUCUGCAAUGCUCUCAAUAAGGUUCAACCUGGAGCUGUGCCUAAGGUUGUGGAGAGUCCAUGUGAUGCUGCUCUUAUACCUGAUGGAGCUGCAUUAUCAGCAUUUCAGUACUUUGAAAAUGUGAGGAAUUUUCUUGUAGCUGUACAAGAAAUGGGGAUUCCUAAUUUUGAGGCAUCUGAUCUGGAACAAGGAGGAAAAUCUGCAAGGGUUGUGAAUACUGUUUUGGCACUUAAAUCAUACAAUGAGUGGAAACAGACUGGUGGAAAUGGGAUUUGGAAAUUUGGUGGAAAUGUAAAACCUACAGUGUCAGCAAAGUCUUUUGUAAGAAAAAACUCGGAACCGUUCAUGAAUUCCUUAUCCAGAAACUUGUCAAUGAAUGAAAAAUCUUUCAACACUCUGUCCAGUGAUCUUGAAAACUCUAAUAAAAUGCCUGGGUCUCGUUCUUUGAGUAUGCUUGUUCGUGCUGUUUUGUUGGAUAAGAAGCCUGAAGAAGUUCCAACAUUAGUCGAAUCAGUGCUCAGUAAGGUUGUGGAGGAAUUUGAGAAUCGCAUAGCAAGCCAAUAUGAUAUGGUAAAGGCAGCUCCUAAAGAAAUGACCAUCUCUCAGGGCAACAAGUUUUUGCUGAAAUCUGCAUGUGGUGAUAAAAGGACUGAUGAAAAAAAAGUCAGAGUGAUGAAGAAAGAGGAAUGUUUUCAUAAAAACCUGGUUGAUGAUGAAGAAUUAAAAAAUAAAACGCAGAAACAGCAAAUUAUCUUUAGUCAACAGCAAAGAGAUAUCCAGGAAUUAAAAAACACAAUCCGUACAACAAAAGCUGGUAUGCAUUUUAUGCAAAUGAAAUUUCAUGAGGAGUUUAACAGUCUUGGCAUGCACAUCCAUGGUCUCGCUCAUGCUGCUUCAGGCUACCAUAAGGUUCUUGAAGAAAAUCGCAAGCUAUAUAAUCAAGUGCAGGACCUCAAAGGAAGUAUUCGGGUAUAUUGUCGAGUGAGACCAUUUUUGUCCGGACAAUCAAACUAUAUGAGCACAGUGGAUUCCAUAGAAGAUGGGAAUAUUACAAUUAGUACCGCAUCAAAACAUGGGAAAGGAUGCAAGUCCUUUAGCUUCAAUAAAGUAUUUGGACCAUUGGCUACCCAAGCCGAGGUCUUCUCUGAUAUGCAGCCACUAAUUCGAUCCGUUCUUGAUGGCUACAAUGUUUGUAUAUUUGCAUAUGGUCAAACAGGAUCGGGAAAAACUUACACCAUGACAGGACCCAAAGAUCUCACAGAUAAAAACCAAGGGGUGAAUUAUAGGGCAUUGGGUGAUUUGUUUCUUCUUGCAGAGCAAAGGAAAGACACCUUCUGCUACAAUGUUGCUGUACAAAUGAUAGAGAUUUACAAUGAGCAAGUCAGGGAUCUCCUUGUUACUGAUGGAAGUAACAAAAGGUUAGAAAUUCGUAACAGUUCUCACACAGGUCUGAAUGUACCAGAUGCAAACAUCAUUCCUGUGUCAUCAACAUGUGAUGUUAUUGAUCUGAUGUACCUUGGACAUAGGAAUCGUGCAGUGGGUGCAACAGCCCUAAAUGAUCGCAGCAGUCGCUCGCAUAGUUGCUUGACUGUCCAUGUUCAAGGAAGAGACUUGACAUCUGGAACUAUUCUCCGUGGCUGUAUGCAUCUGGUUGAUUUGGCUGGGAGUGAGAGAGUAAACAAAUCUGAGGUGACAGGAGACAGACUAAUAGAAGCAAAGCACAUUAACAAAUCCCUAUCAGCUCUGGGUGAUGUCAUCGCUUCCCUUGCCCAAAAGAAUCCACAUGUCCCUUACAGAAAUAGCAAACUUACACAACUGCUCCAAGACUCACUUGGAGGGCAGGCCAAGACACUGAUGUUUGUUCACAUUAGCCCCGAGCCUGAUGCACUAGGAGAAACGAUAAGUACUCUGAAAUUUGCUGAGCGGGUAGCCACGGUGGAACUUGGUGCAGCUCAGGUGAACAAGGACAGUGCAGAUGUUAAAGAUCUCAAAGAACAAAUUGCUAGCCUAAAGGCAGCAUUAGCGAAAAAAGAGAGAGAACCAGGACACAGAAGAAAAGAAAGUGAAUCAUCACCGUUCAACUCUAACCAUCGGCUCGGAGAUGCAAAUGACAGCAAUGCCUUCCGCCAACCCAUUGGGGAUGUGGGCAACAUAGAGGUUCACACAAAGUCUGCUCCGAGACAGAAGAGACAAAGCUUCGAUCUUGAUGAGAUAUUAGCAAACUCGCCUCCAUGGCCUCCAGUCAUUAGCCCUGGUCAAAAGUAUGCUGAGGAUGAGAAGGAAAUGGGCUCAGGCGAGUGGGUAGAUAAGGUCAUGGUGAACAAGCAAGAUGCUAUAAACAGAGUAGAAAAGUCUCUAGGAUGUUGGGAUGCAGAAAAUGGCAAUUUGCCUGAUGCCUUUUACCAGAAGUAUCUUUCAGACUCCUCAAAAAUUUACCCAGAACAAUCCUAUAAUUUGUUCGCGGGUAACAACCAGAUCAACCUUGCUAAUAAUGACGACAUGGACGAUAUUGAUGCUGCCACCAGUGAUUCAUCAGAACCUGAUUUGCUCUGGCAAUUCAAUCAGUCCAAGUUCACCGGUAUAACAAAUGGGAUUGAUUCAAAAACUAGCAAAGCAAUUUCAAAAGCAGCCAGGAAUCCAGAGUUGAGCAAGAACUUUAAUCCCUCGCUAGGCCCUUCACCUUCACGAAAGUCGGCAAAUGGAGGUGGAGUUCCCCUACAACAGAAUAGAAGGCAGGCCACUCCAGUUGACGGCAAACGCAAGAAUGCAAGUAGGAAGUAGGAAAGUUAGCCGUGCUGAGGGGGGAAUUGCAGAUUGUUUUUCCUUGUAUAUUUCUUUUAUUUUUAUUUUUUUUUGUUUCCCCUGAGCGAAGAAGGAAGGUUUUAAUUUUUUCCUCUGUAUUGUUUAUAAUAUAGUUAAUGCAGCAAUAAUUCCAGUUGCUUGUGCCAUUCUUCGGCGAGCCCACCAGAUGUGUGUCCUGACCUGCUUGGAAUUGAUGAGAGAUCUUUUCUUUUUUUUCU